AUGGGACAGGCCCUAGGAAUCGAGUGCUGCGACUUUCAGACAGCAAGAAACAAUGAGAAGCACCAUACCAAGGCCAUUAGCUCCCAGCACCUCAUCGUGAGGAGGGGGCAGCCCUUCACCAUCAGCCUGCACUUCUGGACUCCAAUCCACAAAUUUCCGAAGAAUGUGGCCCUCAUUGCACAAACUGGUGAGCAGCCUUCCAAGGCCAAGGGGACCCAAGCCAUACUCCCGAUUUCCAGUCCCAUUCCCCGUCCGGGAGACCCGAAGGGGUGGAAUGCAGAGGUGGAGGAGAAAGAGGCCCAGUCCUGGGUCAUCUCUGUGACUACGCCCGCAGACGCUGUCAUUGGCAACUAUUUGCUCCUGCUGCAGGUCUCAGGCAGGAAGCAACACCUCCUGGGCAAGUUCACACUGCUCUUUAACCCCUGGGGUCAAGAGGACGCUGUGUUCCUGGAGAAUGAGGCUCAACGCAGUGAGUACUUGUUGAACCAGAAUGGCCUCAUCUACCUGGGCACGGCUGACUGCAUCCAGGAAGAGUCUUGGGACUUUGGCCAGUUCGAGAGGGAUGUCUUUGACCUGAGCCUGGCCUUACUGAGUGAGGACAAGCAAGUGGAGCAGUGGGGCAACCCCGUGCAUGUGGCCUGCAUUUUGGGCUCCAUGCUGCAUGCUCAUAAGGAGAGGAGUGUGCUGCCCAUCCCGCAGACCCAGGAUGCCCAUGAAGAGGCCUUGAGGAACAAGCGCCGGGGCAGCGUGCCCAUCCUGCGACAGUGGCUCACGGGCCAAGGGCGGCCUGUGUAUGAUGGUCAGGCCUGGGUGUUGGCCGCUGUUGCUUGCACAGUGCUGCGAUGCCUGGGAAUCCCUGCCCGCGUCGUUACUACUUUCAACUCAGCCCAGGGCACCCAUGGGAGCCUGCUCAUAGAUGAAUACUACAAUGAGGAGGGGUUUCAGAACGGAGAAGGCCAGAGAGGCAGAAUCUGGAUCUUCCAGACUUCCACGGAGUGCUGGAUGACCCGGCCUGCUUUGGGCCAGGAUUAUGGUGGAUGGCAGAUUCUGUACCCAAGAGCUCCUAAUAAAGUUGGAGUCCUGGGGCCCUGUGAUCUGGUCCCAAUCAGAGCAGUCAAGGAGGGGACACUGGAACUGACCCCGGAGCUGACCCCUGCGGUAUCAGAUCUUUUUGCCACUGUAAACGCCUCGUGCGUGGUCUGGAAGUGCCGUAAGGAUGGGACACUGGAGCUGACCGCCUCUAGCACUAAGUAUGUUGGGAACAACAUCAGCACCAAGGGUGUGGGCGUUGACCGCUGUGAGGACAUCACUCAGAACUACAAAUAUCCUGAAGGGUCUCCUCAAGAAAAAGAGGUGCUGGAGAGAGUCCAGAAAGAGAGAAUGAAACAUGCGAAAGACAAUGGCAUGCAUCCUCCCAGUCUUGAGUCUGCCGAUCCUUUGUACCUGUUCUUGGAAGCACCCAGUUUCCUACUUGUGGGAGGGGAUGCUGUGUUCUCUGUGACCCUGGUUAACCCCAGUGACCAGGAGAAGACGGUGCAGCUGUCAGUUGCGGUGCAGGCGGUGUACUACAACGGCAUCCUUGCUGCUGAACUCUGGAGGAAGAAGCAAUUCCUUACGCUCACUGCCAAGUUGGAAGGUUUUGUAACAAUCAACCUGUCCUCUUCCUAUUUUGAGCGAAGACCACCGGGGAACAGCUUUCUCAGACUCACCACCACAGCAACGCACUCCGAGUCCAGCCUUAGCUGCUUUGCUCAGGAAGACAUUCUCGUUCGGAGACCACACCUUACCAUCGAGAUGCCAAAGACAGUAAAGCAGCACCAACCUCUUACGGCCUUGGUUAGCAUCCAUAACACCCUACAUGCUCCCAUGAAGGACUGUGUGGUCUCCAUCUAUGGAAGGAGGCUCAUUCACAAAGAGAGGAGCUACAGAUUAGAUGCGGUGUGGCCUGGAGAUACCUCGUACACCCAAUUCCGGUUCACACCAACGCAGGUGGGGCUCCAGAUGCUCACUGUGGAAAUGGACUGCGAUGUGUUCCAGAACCUAACCAACUACAGAAGUGUCGAGGUGGUAGCCCCGGAACUUCCAGCUGAAAUUCCCAGCUCUACUGUCACUCUCCCCAACCACCCCUUUGAAUCUACCAUUUAAAACCGAACGUGCUGGGAAGGGAAACUUUGCUUAUCAGACAAAUGAAUCUCCAUUCAGUUUGAGCAGAAGAUGGACCAAGAACAAAACUAGAUUCCCAGAAAUCAACUGGAAAGACAUUCGCUUCUGUCACCCCAGAUUAAGGGAGUCGUGAAGACUAGUUAUCUUAGAAUAGAAACUACUGGGCUUGAGGGACAAAAGGAAACCUUUGAAAAGGUACUCAGAUAAGUACAUUCAGAUUUUUGGGGUUUGGGGUUUUUCAUAACCAUUUUACUGCUCACUAACACAUUCACUAACUUACAGGUAAGGAAAAGAAUCUAACAUUUAAAUCAUUCUUAUACUUCUGAUGAAGUGGGACAAUAAUAGCUAAAAAUGGAAUAGUUAGGUAAUCCUAAGAUGACACUGAUUGGUGCUAUCCCUAACCAUUAUCCUUAAAGAUCCAAAGAUGACAGAACAAAGUUAUAAAAUAUACAACAUAGAACCUGAGGACAGAAGGAUCUUCUAGAUUCAGCUUCACAUAAGUCUUUACUAGAGUUCUGUAUUCAUUAGGCAUCCCACAAUUAAAGUCUGAUGUUAAUAACAUGCAUUUGGUCCAGUAGAGAAAUAGGAAAAUUAUUAAAUACUUAGAAAAUAAGCCCUAUAAGAAGAGAGAGAAGAACUAGACUCCUUUUGUACAAAGUUGUGAUUUUUUUUGUUUAUAAUAUUGUUUUGCUUUGUCGCUCUCUCAGUUUGAUUUUAGUUCCUUCUCUUUAUGACGCCUGUUAAAAGUACCGAAUGGCACCUUACAAAAGUAAAUUAAAACUCUUGACUUAAGGAAUUUCAACCCCAAGUACACACGAGUCUCUCAAAAGAAUGGCUGCUGUUGCUGAUUAUAUCUAAAGAGACUGUGGGGACAUGAGAAGGGCAGAUGUGAUGAAUGACACCUAAACAAGGACAAGGGCUGGCAUGAGAGGUUGUGGAGACCUGCAGUCCAUGCAUAAGGCCCAACUCAGGUCACCAGAAUAUACAUCAUACAGGUGUACUUCGCUUUCCAAUAUGUGAUCUUCCAGACUGAUGCAAAAAUAUACUGAAGUGGCAAUGGUUUCACAAAAGCAUUAACUGAAGAGGCCCUUAAAAUUAUAUAAACUUGGGAGCUGACCCCGUGGCUGAGUGGUUAAGUUCGCGCGCUCCAUUUCAGCG